CUAAAAACAAAUAUAUCGAGUGUAGCUCUGCCUCCAAGCCGAAAGAUGGCGGAAUCUCAAUGCUUUGCCUACCCAAUUGCGUAUGUUGGAAGGUGGUACCAACAGCAGUGAGUAAGGCAUCACUUGAAUAGGCGCUGAUAUUUGAAAAUGUUGAGCCACCGAGCAGCAGUGGAACAUAUUACUGAAUUAUGGAAACGAAAAGAAAGUGCCGACUGUAAUGAAAGGUUGGAAGCUGGAGAUAACAGUUUGUCUAAUAUUGUCGCCCUGGCGAGUGACUGGAUGAUGGAGUUUCUUUUCUACUGUAUGUGUCACUACUUUAAAGAAGGGGAUUACAAGGAAUUCAAGCGACUUAGGGAUGCAAUGGAGGGGAUGAUUCAUUUGCCUGCUUCCAUAGAGACUACACAUUUGAAGUCUGUGCGGAUCUGCCAGUUUCUGUCACGUAUUGUGGAAGGCAAAAAUCUUGAUUGCCAGUUUGAGACUGAUAAGAAGAUAACACCACUGGAAUCUGCACUGUUGGUCUGGUCCUUGUUGGAAAAGGAGCAGAAUGUGAAGAAUGAAGCUCUCUUUGAGGAGAUAAAGCUGCUGCUUCAAGUACAGGCUGUAGGUGUCUGCAUGGAGAAGGGACAGCUUAAAAUGGCAGAAGAAGUACUUGAAAGAGAGCUAGAUGAUGGACAACACCAGUCACUAAAAUCUAGGUUGUCACAGAUUAUAAACAAGAAGGACCCAUAUCAUCAGUUCCUGCAGAAUUUCAGUUACAGUCGCAUGUUAGAGAGAAUUAGGUCAUUCAUUGAACUGGUACUACCUGAACAGUCAUCAGGCUUUCUUCUAAAGUCAGCUACAAAGGUAGUGCAAGCCAAUAACCUACAAAUUGAAGAACAGAAAAUGGCGGAAAAUAAGGAAAAUUGCACAGCUGACCAGGAUGAGGAGGAAGAAGGACAAGUGGCAGACAGCAGUACUGCAGUGGGUGAAGACAGCAUUCCUGGAAGACCAUCCACACGCAGGAGAGUGGCUGGUGAUGUAAAACUGACGCUGUUGAAAUCAAGUGAUAAGGAAAAAUGCAUACUGAGGACUCCAAAGAGUUUCUUUUCAUUCCAUUGUAAACCAUGGAGGUCACACUACAAACGUUCAUGUAAAAGAAGUGCACUGAAAAAACUGACACUAAAUCGGCAAAACCAGAAAGGAAAUGAUGAACAACAAGAGCAUGUCAAGAUAAAGAAAAUUUUAAUGCCUCAAAAUCGGGAGACUACAAGAAGGAGAAGGCUUUGGUCAUGGCAAGAAGACAGAGAGUUGAAAGCCGGAGUAAAAAGGUUUGGAGUAGGAAACUGGAUUAAAAUUUUGGAGUACUAUGAAUUUGACAACCGGACUCAUGUGAAUUUGAAAGACAGAUGGAGAACUUUAACAAAGAAAGAGACAGACGGGGAAUGAACAGCAUGAGUAUGGAAAUGACUGACUAAACCUAGCAAUUUGCUGACUCCGUCACUGUUAACAUUUUUCUAUCUAAAAACUGCUUGAAUUAACAAAACAUUUUUUGUUUCAUUGCAGUUGUGUAAUAGCUAUUUAAAUCUUCUGCAUUAUUUCAUAUUCCAAAAUAGUGCUUGUUCAGCAAAAUAAAAUCUUAGUGCACUUUUAAAAUCAGUUCUGUAAAACUUUAUAAGGCAGUGUGCUUCUUAACUUGAAGAUGUUUUGUGUUUCACUGUUGCUGUGUUGACUUGUGGGAUUUCCUGCUGCAAAAGCCCUUGGCCGGCCCAACUACUACAGAAAACUGUUUUCCAUUGUCAGGCUGACUGACGCCCAGGUAUAAAUUAAGCCAGCCUGCAUCAUGAAAUCAGUCUCUUCUUGCCGUUGGAACCCAAAGCAGUGUUCAGGUGUGUUGGUCAGUGCACCCGAGAGAUGUAGUCAUCGGAAAGAUAAGUACCCCUUGGGAAGAUCCUGUCAUUUCCUAAACUCAUGUCAGAUAAAGUAAAUAAUAGUCUCCAUUGUCAUAAGCAAAUCCCACACAGAGACUUUCAGUCCCUUUGUGUUACCUGAUUAGGCCCAGACCACAACAUCCAUCUUUACCAUUUUUGUGCUCAUUUUAACACUAGGGCUAUUAGGCAUAGGGCUGAGUUUUUAGCAAGAUUCCUUGGUCAAUAAUUUUCUCACUUGCAUCUGAUGGCAUCUGCCAGUCGUACAGAAUUUGAGCAACCUAAGAGUAAAAAAGAUAAAGAAAAGAAACCAUCUUGGGUCUUUGGAAGCCUUUAGACCUGUGAUUAUUGAAGAAGGUGAGGUGCUUUUGCAGUCCCCUUCAGUAUCCAACUGUGACACAGGUCUCUGUCGAGACCAGUUCAGAGUCCAGCAUGCCAUUGAUCCCAUCUACUACUUCGCAACCCCUUGCAUAUGGUUUGUAGGUCAGGUCCGGGGCAGCUCAACAGGUCUCUGCUUCCAAGGAGCAUUUUUCUAUCUGUGACACCCAAACAAGGCAUCGGCCAACACCGGUGCUUUCUUACCACUCUUUCGAGAGAGAAGCAACAGGUCAUUGGAUGCUCCUAGGCCCAAGGUCAAAGGCACACAAAAUAAAGGUACUGUGGCAGGUCCUUCGCCUAGGCCCUACUGGCUCCCUUUUAUAGGGAUCCUGACAGGAUUUCAUAAGACUAGCUGAGGACCUGAUUUCUUUUGUUAGGUCAAGACAGGCCACAGGGGAUGCUCCUUCUGAAGUUUUCUCAGAUCCUUUUCAAUCAGAGGAAGACUCCUACCUAGAGGAGUCUGGGUCUGAUGAGGGCCCCUCCUAUACUGAUGAGUCUGAUUCAGAGGACAACUUAUCCUCUGCCUCACCCCCAGAGGAUUUCACUUUUGGAGAGACCCCGCAUGCUAUGAGACAAUAUUUUCAGUGAGGGGCACAGGAUUAUCCCCAGUCCUAGUCGAGAGUUAGAGAGUUCAUGGAGUUAUCUAAACACAAAACACUGUCUAUUCCAUCCAUUUUAGAGGUAAUGGAAGAUGUUUUCCAGGAUUCCUCCUGGAAUCCUGAUUCCCUUCCCCCUGCCACACAUAAAUCAGACAGGUUUUAUAGGGUAGACUACUCCCACAAAUACCUUUUUUUACAGAUCCUUCUGCUGACCCUUAGGUGGUAUCCCAAGGGCCCAAAGUGGCUAGAACCAGUUCAUCCAGGAACCCUUUACCUACAGGUAGAGAGAUCCCUUGAUAUAUUUUGGGGGAAAAGUAUAUAUCUGCCACCCUUACUAUGAGGGCCCUCAACUGUCAAUUUCAUAAUAAUCUAGUGUCAACAAACCAUUUUAGAUCAGCUCAAACCAGAGGGUCACGUCAUUAAAGUAUAAAAAUCUUUCCAAAGAGCUCCUAGAUCUCUGUCAUUGCAGUGUUCAGGUAGCUAAACAUUCAUUAUAUUAUGGUUAUGAUGCCAUAGAAACUUCUUGCAGGACAGUUGCCACAAGCUCAGUUAUUAGAAGGCAUGCAUGGCUUAGGGAAUACCUUCCAAGCCAUGUUAAAUCAAACCUAUUGGAUACCACCCCUUGACAAAGACUCUGGCCCUAAGGCGGAGGCAGUUCUCAGAGAAAGAUGACGGGCAAAGCGAAGUCUAUGCAAACAGUGAAGGACUUCCUCGAAGUACAGUCUCCUAAUAGAAACUUUCCAACUAAACACUGGUCAUUUCCCUCCCAGUCUAGGGGUAGACAGAGGAAGCCACAGCAGGAAAGGGACCCAUAGACAGUGGCAACAGCUGCAAAGAAUUGGGCAGUUGAACCACAGAGGCCACCAGGCAAGGACAUUCUAGGUCUCAAGCUCCUGCCAGAGAGCAACUGUGACUCAUCCACCCCACCCCAAGAUUAGGAGGAAGGCUAUCACUCUUCAAGCAAAGCUGGACCUGUAUUACUUCAGACAAGUGGGUUCUAGACAUUAUUUCAAAUGGUUACAAACUCACCUUAAAAGAUACUUUAAAAUACUUAGUCUAUCUGGAUGUUCCAAAAUCAAAAGUCAGAAACCUGGCUCAAAUUUUGAUCUUGUGCUUUCAGGGAGAAGUGGAACCAGUUCCAAAAGGUCAAAAAGGAAAAUGUUUCUAUUCCAGACUAUUUCUGGUUCCCAGGAAGGAAGGCUCUUGGGACCCAAUCUUGGACCUGUCCAACCUCAACCAGUUUCUCCUGGUUCCAGAGUUCAGAAUGCUGACUUUUUAAAAGCUGUUACCCAUGAAAACUCCUCAGGCCUUCAUGGUCUCACUAAACCUAAAAGAUGCCUAUAUCUGUACAUUCCAGUUUAAAAGUGUCACAGAAGCUAUGUUCACUUCAAGGCAGGCUCCAGUCACUACCAGUUUUAAGCUCUGUCCUUUGGCUUUUCUACCCCUUCAAGGGUUUUCACAAAGUGUCUGGCACCUGCAGUUGCUAUAUGCAGGACCGGGGGGUCCAAAUACACCCCUGUCUAGACGACUGCCUGAUACAGGCCACAGACUUGUCAGAACUCCUCAUGGACUUAAGUGCACCAAAUGCACCCUGCCCUCCUUGGGAUUCACAAUAAAUCUGCAGAAGUCCAGCACUGCCCCAACCAAAAGGAUAGUUUUUCUGGGGGCACUCCUGGGCUCUUCACUUCAAAAGGCCUCCCUACCUCCAGACAAAGUCUCCUGACAAACUACUUCCAAAAAAAAUCAAGGAAAGAAAGCUCUUCUCAGCCAAAGAAUUUCUACAAGCACUGGGUUAUAUAUGACUUCAUGUAUCCUCAAGUUUCCCCUGGGCAGACUGCACAUGAGGAAGCUUCAGUGGUGCAUCAAAAAUGUAUGGUGCCAGAGCUCUUUGUUCCCUUGGAGACCGAGAUACAAUUGAUUCCUUGUCUAAAACAGGAGUUUUCAUGGUAGGUACAGGCUUGUACCCAAAAUCAGGGCCAUCCCUUCAGUUUCUCUCCACAGGAACAAACCCUUACCAUGGAUGCCUCCGAGACAGCCUGGGGGGGGCUAUUUCCAACAUCUCCAAUCACAAGGGAAGGGGGAGGUUCGGUUCAAGGAGCGACACAUCAGUAGGAAAGAAGUUAUGGCAGUGUAAAAAGGCCUGGUAGCCUUCAAAGAAAAAUGGGAAAUGGGGGUCAUAUUAGUAAAAGCAGACAAUACCACAGUCAUGGUACAUAAACAGGCAGGGAGGCACACACUCUUAUCCCCUGUGCUGCCUAGCAAUGCAAGUCUGGAAAACUGCUCACACUCUGGGCUUGCAUCUCAUGGCACAGUACCUUCUUGUGGUUCAAAAUGCUCUAGCAGAUCACCCCAGCAGAAACCUGAUGGACCCCACGAAUGGUAUCUGCAUCGGGAAUUGUUUCUUAGCAUAACUCAGAGAUGCGGAGUCCCACAGGUAGACCUCUUUGCCAACACACUCACCUGAAAAAUUCUCUGCCAGGAUCAAACAGAAAUCUGCCCGGAAGACAGAUGCUUUUGCCUUCCCAUGGACUCAUUUCUUCAUUUAUGCAUCACCCUUUCCCCUUCUGCCUCGAGUACUUCUAGAGGUAAUGGAAGAGUGUCCAAGGGCAAUAUUGACCAGACUGGCCCAGACAGCACUGGUAUCCUUUCCUCCUCAAGCUCACCAGUCAGAGCCCAUGGCUUUCAUCUCAGGGGGGUAGGCCUCCUCACCCAAAACAAGGGAAGAAUAGGGCACCCCAACCUUCAGACUGUCAGUCUUUCAGCUUGGAUAAUUCUGCAGCACCUAAACUGCAACAUUACUCUUAAGUAAGCAGAUGCAGGACAUUCUUAGUGUGGAAGACUUGCACUAGAAAGUCAUACUCUGCCAAAUGGAAAAGAUUCUCUAUUUGGUGCCAGAAGCACCAGUUCAGUUCCAGUUCAGCAUACAUUACUACCAUCCUAGAAUACCUGGCCAGUCUGGUGGAUAAAGGCCUUUCCUAUUCCUCCAUUAAAAUUCAUGCAUCUGACAUUUCUGCCCGCAUUCCUACUCUUCCUUCAGUCUUUUCCCAUCCCAUUAAGACAGUUUCUUAGGGAAGUUAUUCACAUUAGACCUCCCCAGGGGAAACUCACUCCUCCAUGGGACCUCAAUUUUGCUGUAGAAAAACUGACUUUGUCCCCUUUCGAACCUACAGCUAAUGCUCCUCUCAAGUUUCUUUCUUGGAAAACAGCUCUGCUGCUGGCUGUCACCUCAGUCAGAAGGGUAUCUGAGUUACAGGCCCUCAUGGCAGUAGAACCAUUUAUUAUUUUAUUUAACAUUUGUUUACCAGGAAAGUCCGACAGGACACAGGUCCUUUUUCAGCAGAGGCCCGGGGAGAUGAGUAACAGUUAAGCAAAAUUACAAGUUUGAGUUGCAGUUACAGGUAAUACAAGGCUUGCGCAAAAACAUAAAGUUUAUAUACACUGCAAAAGAAAAAAGCUGGUCUGCAAGCAAGCUCAAAGUGUUAAACAUAAAAGUUACAAAAAGAUAAAUAUAAAAUGUCUUAAACGUGUACAAUAGACAUCACAGUAUGAGUAUGUACAUAUGUAUAUGUCAUUUGUCAUGGUUGGGAAGAAAAAGCGAUCUUCCACCAAGGCAGAAUUUCCUUCAGAAUUGAUCCUUUCAUGCCCAAGGUGGUGUCUGAUACUUUUUCUUCUGCCUACAUUCUUCCCCAACCCUAAGAACAGAGAGGAAAGAUUACUUCAUUCCUUGGAUGUGCACAGGCAAACUCCACUUUUAUCUGGACAGAACAAAAGCCUUAAGAAAAUCUGACCAGCUUACUAUCUUUGACCUCGGCUCUGAGAGAAGCCAGCUUCUAAACAGGCUAUCUCUAAAUGGAUCUUCCACUACAUUUCUUUCUGUUACAGCCAUCAUGGCAAAGAGGACCCUGAAAUGAUUGCACUGGGGCCUAGCUACCUGUGCAGAUUUUCUGAAGUGGGUCCCUGCUAUAACUACAUCUUGGAAACAGCCAUCUGGUCAUUUGUACACACUUUCAUAAAGCGCUACCACUUGGCAGCUUCUAAGUCUAAAGCAGGAUUUGUCACUUCCAUCUUGCAGGGCAUCCUUUCCUCUCUAUAAUCUCCUUUAUCCAUCAGUUCAGCUUUGGGAAUCUUCCCACAAGUCAGGGUUGCAGCUUAAGGUUGGCAUUGUUGCUUUACUGGAAAACUGCUUCUCAAGUUCAUUUCAUAGUAGGGAUGCUAUCUCUACAAAGCCUGUGACUUUUCUUGUCUAUGUAGUUUCACCAAGUAUUUGUUUCACCCACACACAUCUCAAUAUAUGGUAGGUAAGUUGUUCCUCUAAAUUACUUUUAUUUGUGUGUCUGUUAGUGUGUGCCACAGUAGACUAGCAUGAUGUCUAUGAUGAACUUCUGGUCUCUGACUCCACCACCAUUUUAUAGUGGAUAAUAAAGUGGGCGUCAGAGAAUUAAAAAAAAAUACCAGAUCCAUUCCAGCAGUCAUCAAUAUCUGCUUUAUUUUAAUCUCUUAAUGAGUUGGACUGCUUUGUGGCUUAGCAACAGGAUAAUUUCAUACGUAGUUUAGUAAUGUCUGCUAAGUAUAUGCCCAGAACAUUUGGGAACUGUGAGAAGCUGUGAAUAACCCAUAAGCAUUGUGGUAAAGGAAGUCCAUUUAUUAAAUACAUUUUAAAGCUGA